UGGCAAGCAAAGCCAAUAAGGCUGGCAAAUUGGCUAAAUGUGUAUAAACGGCAGGCAGCAUGUCCGAAAACACAUUCAACAAUAGACAGUCGCAGAAGCAAAGCGAUACAAGUUUUGAAAGUCAGCUGGGACCGAUUCCGAACUUCAAUCCAGCCACUGAGUCCAGUCUAGAGCCACGGUGGCCGGGCUUUGAGCCCCGAAUUUUGCAGCAGACGAUCAAUAGCGUGGUACUGGAUUGGGCGCCACUCGAAAAUGCAUUGGUUUACAGCGUCGAGAAGUACCACAGGCGGCACGGCUGGCGGCAGGUGCAAUGGAGCAGCAGCUCCCCCACAGAGAUACCCAAUCUGGAGGAGAACUUUGGACACCGACUGCGCAUAAAAGCGCUGAAAAUCUCUGAGGAUGGCCGCUGCUACGUGACUUUAGCCAUCUCAACGGAUGUGAUUGCCUGCACGGAGGCAGCGCUGCCCUCCACCAACUGCUUGAACCGUGCUAUCCGAAAGGGGCAGCAGUUCCUGGUGAAGCGCAUGCUGCGCCGUCGACCGAGCCUAAUAGAAUACCCCGCCCCGAAUGGCUUUCUUCCGCUGGCCAACGCCAUCGUGCAGGGCGAGAUGUGCAUCAUAGAUGUGCUGCUCUCGGCAGGCUGCAGCGUGCAUCUGGGCAACCCGGGCAACGGACGCACGCCGCUCCACGUUGGUGCCUGCCAGAGUGCUCUUAUGCGACAGUCUCACACUGACAGCCUUGACCUGUUUUCGUUGCAGUUGGCUUUUUUUUACGGACACCUGCCCUCGGCGCGCAUCCUGCUGAACAAAAAGGCGCGGCUGGAGGCAACGGACUGCAACGGCAUGACGCCCGCCCACUGCGCCGUCGACGCUAAUCAGAUAGAAAUGGUGAGGUUCGCCCUGGAGUCGGGGGCAAACCUGGAGGCUCAGGAUUCCUGCGGCUGGACUCUGCUUAUGCACGGGGUGGUUAUGGACGCGAGCCUGGAGCUCAUCAAACUCCUUGUUACCCACGGGGCGGAUCUGGCGGCUUUGGAUGGCGUCGGCAAAUCCUGCAGCGACUUGGCAAAACUUUAUCGCAGGGAGGAGGCACGGGAUUACUUUGACAAGGUGCAAAAGUUUAGGCUGGAAAAGGCAGCCGCGACCGCAGAAGCGGCGGCAAAGGAGCAGCCCCUCGAACAAGCUGCAAAAAGGGAUUUCCGCGAAUAGUGGUAGGAAGGAAGAACCGACUAAUGAGCGAGCUUUAAGACCCGCAGAGUAAAAGGCUAUAUCAUUACAAAGUA